GCGGUUGGGGCGAGCGGCAGGUAGGGGGCCCGGAGUUAGGAGGGGGUGUGGGAGCCCGCGGAGCACAGGUGAACGGAGGCCGCCUUCCCGGGGCGCCGCUGGCCAGCCCCAAAGGGUUACUUUGGCCUUGGCUGUGGGCCGAAUGCGAAGGUGGGGAGGUGGGCGGGGGAUGACUCUGCCAUUCCUGGGUCCGCUGUGUUAGGCUGAAGGCAAAAGGAAACCAAGGCCUGGGAGUUUUCCAGGAAACGAAAGCGAAAGAGUCAAAGUUAGCUGCCCGGAGUUGGCGCGGCCCCUGCAGUCCGGCGGAGAGCGGAGCUGAGGAUGGCUGUGCCCGGCUCCUUCCCGCUGCUGGUCGAGGGCUCCUGGGGCCCCGACCCCCCGAAGAACUUGAACACCAAGUUGCAGAUGUACUUCCAGAGUCCGAAGAGGUCGGGAGGCGGCGAGUGUGAGGUCCGCCAGGAUCCCAGGAGCCCAUCCCGCUUCCUGGUGUUCUUCUACCCGGAGGACGUUCGGCAGAAGGUUCUGGAGAGAAAAAAUCAUGAGUUGGUAUGGCAAGGAAAAGGAACAUUCAAGUUAACUGUCCAGUUACCUGCAACCCCAGAUGAAAUCCAUCAUGUCUUUGAAGAGGAACUUCUAACAAAGGAAUCCAAGACCAAAGAAGAUGUUAAAGAACCAGAUGUGUCAGAAGAAUUGGAUACAAAACUCCCUCUUGAUGGUGGAUUAGACAAAAUGGAAGAUAUCCCAGAGGAAUGUGAAAAUAUUUCCUCUUUGGUGGCAUUUGAAAACCUCAAGGCAAAUGUGACUGACAUAAUGCUAAUCUUGUUAGUGGAGAACAUAAGUGGCCUGUCUAAUGAUGACUUUCAAGUGGAAAUAAUAAGAGAUUUUGAUGUUGCCGUUGUUACCUUUCAAAAGCACAUAGAUACUGUAAGAUUUGUUGAUGAUUGUACCAAGCACCAUUCAAUUAAACAACUUCAGCUUUCUCCAAGACUUCUGGAAGUGACAAACACAAUCAGGGUUGAAAACCUGCCACCUGGUGCUGAUGACUACAGUUUAAAACUUUUCUUUGAAAAUCCCUAUAAUGGAGGGGGAAGAGUUGCCAAUGUUGAAUAUUUUCCUGAAGAGAGUUCAGCUCUGAUUGAAUUUUUUGACAGAAAAGUGUUAGACACCAUCAUGGCCACAAAACUCGACUUCAAUAAAAUGCCACUUUCUGUGUUCCCAUACUAUGCCUCAUUGGGCACAGCCUUGUAUGGAAAGGAGAAGCCUCUGAUCAAGCUUCCAGCACCAUUUGAAGAGUCACUAGAUCUUCCCUUAUGGAAGUUCUUACAGAAAAAGAAUCACCUCAUUGAGGAGAUAAACGAUGAAAUGAGGCGUUGUCACUGUGAGCUCACUUGGUCCCAACUCAGUGGUAAAGUUACCAUCAGACCAGCAGCCACCUUAGUCAAUGAAGGAAGACCGAGAAUCAAGACCUGGCAGGCAGAUACUUCCACAACACUCUCUAGCAUCAGGUCUAAAUAUAAAGUCACCCCAAUUAAAGUGGAUCCAACAAUGUGGGACACCAUAAAAAAUGAUGUGAAAGAUGACAGGAUUUUGAUUGAGUCUGAUACACUUAAGGAGAUGGUAAUCUUAGCAGGGAAAUCAGAGGAUGUCCAAAGCAUUGAGGUACAAGUCAAGGAGUUAAUAGAAAGCACUACUCAAAAAAUUAAAAGGGAAGAGCAAAGUUUGAAGGAAAAAAUGAUCAUUUCUCCAGGCAGGUAUUUUCUUUUGUGUCACACCAGUCUACUGGACCAUUUACUCACGGAGUGCCCAGAGAUAGAGAUUUGUUAUGAUAGAGUCACUCAACACUUGUGCUUGAAAGGACCUAGUGCAGAUGUGUAUAAAGCAAAGUGUGAAAUCCAGGAAAAGGUGUACACCAUGGCUCAGAAAAACAUUCAGGUUUCUCCUGAGAUUUUUCAGUUUUUGCAACAGGUAAACUGGAAAGAAUUCUCUAAGUGUCUUUUCAUAGCACAGAAGAUUCUUGCACUUUAUGAGCUAGAGGGUACAACUGUUCUCUUAACCAGCUGUUCUUCUGAAGCCCUGUUAGAAGCAGAAAAGCAAAUGCUCAGUGCCUUAAAUUAUAAGCGCAUUGAAGUUGAGAACAAAGAAGUUCUUCAUGGCAAGAAAUGGAAAGGGCUCACUCACAAUUUGCUUAAGAAACAAAAUUCCUCCCCAAACACUGUAAUCAUCAAUGAGUUAACUUCAGAAACCACAGCUGAAGUCAUCAUUACAGGCUGUGUAAAAGAAGUAAACGAAACCUAUAAAUUGCUUUUUAACUUCAUUGAACAAAACAUGAAAAUAGAGAGACUGGUUGAAGUAAAGCCUUCCUUAGUUAUUGACUAUUUAAAGACAGAAAAGAAGCUAUUCUGGCCAAAGAUAAAGAAGGUAAAUGUGCAGGUAAGUUUCAAUCCUGAGAACAAACAAAAAGGCAUUUUACUAACUGGCUCAAAGACCGAAGUACUGAAGGCAGUGGACAUUGUCAAGCAAGUCUGGGAUUCAGUCUGUGUUAAAAGUGUCCAUACUGAUAAGCCAGGAGCCAAGCAGUUCUUCCAGGAUAAAGCACGGUUUUAUCAAAGUGAGAUCAAACGGUUGUUUGGUUGUUACAUUGAACUACAGGAGAAUGAAGUAAUGAAGGAGGGAGGCAGCCCCGCUGGGCAGAAGUGCUUCUCUCGGACAGUCUUGGCCCCUGGCGUUGUGCUGAUUGUGCAGCAGGGUGACUUGGCACGGCUUCCUGUCGAUGUGGUGGUGAAUGCAUCUAAUGAGGACCUUAAGCAUCAUGGUGGCCUGGCCGCUGCGCUCUCAAAAGCAGCUGGCCCUGAGCUCCAGGCCGACUGUGACCAGAUAGUGAAGAGAGAGGGCAGAAUCCUACCGGGCAAUGCCACCAUCUCCAAGGCAGGAAAGCUGCCCUACCACCACGUGAUCCAUGCAGUGGGGCCCCGCUGGAGCGGAUAUGAGGCCCCGAGGUGUGUCUACCUAUUAAGGAGAGCUGUGCAACGAAGUCUCUGUCUAGCCGAAAAAUACAAGUACCGAUCCAUAGCCAUCCCAGCUAUUAGUUCUGGAGUCUUUGGCUUUCCCUUAGGCCGAUGCGUGGAGACCAUUGUUUCUGCCAUCAGGGAAAACUUCCAAUUCAAGAAGGAUGGACACUGCUUGAAAGAAAUCUACCUUGUGGAUGUAUCGGAGAAGACUGUUGAGGCGUUUGCAGAAGCUGUGAAAACUGUAUUUAAAGCCACCCUGCCAGAUACAGCUGCCCCGCCAGGUUUACCACUAGCAGCAGCGGGGCCUGGGAAAACAUCGUGGGAAAAAGGAAGCCUGGUGUCCCCGGGAGGCCUGCAGAUGCUGUUGGUGAAAGAAGGUGUGCAGAAUGCUAAGACCGAUGUUGUUGUCAACUCCGUUCCCUUGGAUCUCGUGCUUAGUAGAGGGCCUCUUUCUAAGUCCCUCUUGGAAAAAGCUGGACCAGAGCUCCAGGAGGAAUUGGACACAGUUGGAAAAGGGGUGGCUGUCAGCAUGGGCACAGUGCUCAGAACCAGCAGCUGGAAUCUGGACUGUCGCUAUGUGCUUCACGUGGUAGCUCCGGAGUGGAGAAAUGGUAGCACAUCUUCACUCAAGAUAAUGGAAGACAUAAUCAGAGAAUGUAUGGAGAUCACUGAGAGCUUGUCCUUAAAAUCAAUUGCAUUUCCAGCAAUAGGAACAGGAAACUUGGGAUUUCCUAAAACCAUAUUCGCUGAAUUAAUCAUUUCAGAGGUGUUCAAAUUUAGUAGCAAGAAUCAGCUGAAAACUUUACAAGAGGUUCACUUUCUGCUGCACCCGAGUGAUCAUGAAAAUAUUCAGGCAUUUUCAGAUGAAUUUGCCAGAAGGGCUAAUGGAAAUCUCGUCAGUGACAAAAUUCCGAAGGCUAAAGAUACACAAGGUUUUUAUGGGACUGUUUCUAGCCCUGAUUCAGGUGUGUAUGAAAUGAAGAUUGGCUCCAUCAUCUUCCAGGUGGCUUCUGGAGAUAUCACGAAAGAAGAGGCAGAUGUGAUUGUAAAUUCAACAUCAAACUCAUUUAAUCUCAAAGCAGGGGUCUCCAAAGCAAUUUUAGAAUGUGCUGGACAAAAUGUAGAAAGGGAAUGUUCUCAGCAAGCUCAGCAGCGCAAAAAUGAUUAUAUAAUCACCGGAGGUGGAUUUUUGAGGUGCAAGAAUAUCAUUCAUGUAAUUGGUGGAAAUGAUGUCAAGAGUUCAGUUUCCUCUGUUUUGCAGGAGUGUGAAAAAAAAAAUUACUCAUCCAUUUGCCUCCCAGCCAUUGGGACAGGAAAUGCCAAACAAUACCCAGAUAAGGUUGCUGAAGCCAUAAUUGAUGCCAUUGAAGACUUUGUCCAGAAAGGAUCAGCCCAGUCUGUGAAAAAAGUUAAAGUUGUUAUCUUUCUGCCUGAAGUACUGGAUGUGUUUUAUGCCAACAUGAAGAAAAGAGAAGGGACUCAGGUUUCUUCCCAACAGUCUGUGAUGUCUAAACUUGCAUCAUUUUUGGGCUUUUCAAAGCAAUCUCCCCAAAAAAAGAAUCAUUUGGUUUUGGAAAAGAAAACAGAAUCAGCAACUUUUCGGGUGUGUGGUGAAAAUGUCACGUGUGUGGAAUGCGCUAUCUCCUGGCUACAAGACCUGAUUGAAAAAGAACAGUGUCCUUACACCAGUGAAGAUGAGUGCAUCAAAGACUUUGAUGAAAAGGAGUAUCAGGAGUUGAAUGAGCUGCAGAAGAAGUUAAAUAUUAACAUUUCCCUGGACCAUAAGAGACCUUUGAUUAAGGUUUUGGGAAUUAGCAGAGAUGUGAUGCAGGCUAGAGAUGAAAUUGAGGCAAUGAUCAAGAGAGUUCGAUUGGCCAAAGAACAGGAAUCCCGGGCAGAUUGUAUCAGUGAGUUUAUAGAAUGGCAGUAUAAUGACAAUAACACUUCUCAUUGUUUUAACAAAAUGACCAAUCUGAAAUUAGAGGAUGCAAGGAGAGAAAAGAAAAAAACAAUUGAUGUCAAAAUUAAUCAUCGGCACUACACAGUGAACUUGAACACAUACACUGCCACAGACGCAAAGGGCCACAGUUUAUCUGUUCAGCGCCUCACGAAAUCCAAAGUUGACAUCCCUGCACACUGGAGUGAUAUGAAGCAGCAGAAUUUCUGUGUGGUGGAGCUGCUGCCUAGUGAUCCUGAGUACAACACGGUGGCAAGCAAGUUUAAUCAGACCUGCUCACACUUCAGAAUAGAGAAGAUUGAGAGGAUCCAGAAUCCAGAUCUCUGGAAUAGCUACCAGGCAAAGAAAAAAACUAUGGAUGCCAAGAAUGGCCAGACAAUGAAUGAGAAGCAACUCUUCCAUGGGACAGAUGCCGGCUCCGUGCCACACGUCAAUCGAAAUGGCUUUAACCGCAGCUAUGCCGGAAAGAAUGCUGUGGCAUAUGGAAAGGGAACCUAUUUUGCUGUCAAUGCCAAUUAUUCUGCCAGUGAUACGUACUCCAGACCAGAUGCAAAUGGGAGAAAGCAUGUGUAUUAUGUGCGAGUACUUACUGGAAUCUAUACACACGGAAAUCAUUCAUUAAUUGUGCCUCCUUCAAAGAACCCUCAAAAUCCUACUGACCUGUAUGACACUGUCACAGAUAAUGUGCACCAUCCAAGUUUAUUUGUGGCAUUUUAUGACUACCAAGCAUACCCAGAGUACCUUAUUACGUUUAGAAAAUAACACUUUGGUAUCCUUCCCACAAAAUUAUUAUCCAUUUGUACAUAUCUAGUUGUAAAACAAGUUUUAGCUUUUUUUAAAAUUCCUCUUAACAGAUUUUUCUAAUAUCCAAGGAUCAUUCUUUGUCGCUGAAGUCAGUCUUUCUUCAGCUUCUCUUUCAUAAUGGAAAUGAACUUAUUAUCUUGAGAGCAAAUAACUUGGAAAAUUUAAAUGAGAUAAUGCAGUUACAACUGUGUGUCCACAAGUAUGGACAUCAAAUCUGUGGGAAAAGAACAGGUUUGUAUUUUCAGGAAGGAGAGAAUAACAAUCUUACAGACAGAGGGCACAGCUAAGCACAGCUGCCACUGCAGGAGACAGGCCCCAUGUCAGGAUGCCAUAGUGCUGUGGGGAGCACAGUAUUACCCAGUGGGUAGGGCUUCUGUCUUCCCUGGGAGCAGGGAUGGUAUCUUAGUCAAUUUUUUUCCCUUGGGAUGAGGUCUGUGCCUGAUGUACAACGGAUACUCCAUAAAUGUUUGACAAACCAACGAAGAAUGAAAAAAAGCCUAGUCAGACUCCCAUCCAAAGUAGGAACCAUCUCUUUAACAUUCUUGACUCACUAUCACUUUACCUCAAAUUGAGCAGAUUCCAUGACGGAACUUCAUUCUUCACAAACUAGCCAGUGACAUGUGGGACAGCUCUGGCCAGGGCUCUGGGACUGCAGUGUACUUGCGCUCUGCACGGUCCAGGAGCUGUGAUGUGGCUGUGGUCUAGGGGAAUCCUGCCCCGUGGAGUUGCGCAGCAUAACCCUGGCUCCAGUUGCCAGAAGGCUCUUUUUAAUGCUGAACCAAAAUGUGCCUUUUUUUUUUUUUUUUUUUUUUUGAGAUGGAGUUUCACUCUUGUUGCCCAGGCUGGAGUGCAAUGGCGCGAUCUCAGCUCACUGCAGCCACUGCCUCCCAGGUUCAAGUGAUUCUCCUGCCUCAGCCUCCCGAGUAGCUGGGAUUACAGGCAUGUGCUAACACACCCGGCUAAUUUUGUAUUUUUAGUAGAGACGAGGUUUCUCCAUGUUGGACAGGCUGGUCUCGAACUCCCACCUCAGCCUCCCAAACUGCUGGGAUUACAGGUGUGAGCCACCGUGACCAGCCAAUGUGCCUCCUUAUAGUGUCUACUCAUUGGUCUUUGUUCUGCCCAGUGAUAACAAUGGGAUAACGCCUGCUAGACAUCUUCAUUGUGAAACCCUUCCCCUGUGCUGAGAUUAAAUGAACUCUAAGAUUAUUAAAUAGUAUAUUUUCCUUGACAGCCUAGCGUUUGAUAAUUUUAAAGCCUUAUGUAUAAAUAAACCAAAGGAAGUAAGCAGUCAUAUUGCUAAUUUGCUAACUCCUGUCUAUUGAAUGGUGAAGUUUUAAAAAUUUCCCCAGGUAAGUUUAAGAUUCAAACACCAUCUAUUGAGCACCUACAUUGUGUGCCAGGUAGUAAAAUAGGUGCUUUCACACACAUUGUCUCAAUUCCUGUGAGGUCAGAAUUAUCUCUGCAUUUGAAACUUGAGGAAGCAUGCUCAGAGUGCAAGAAGCUUCCUUGCCUGAGAUCACCUAGAAAGGAACCCUCAGAGCCGGCAACUGAAUCUUGGUCCCUGUGAUGUCAAGCCCAUUGCUCUCCCACUGCAGAACAUGGCCUCUAGAUUAAUGCCACCGAUUCAGGAACACCUCCGACAGUCUUGAAAUACCCCCAUCUUGCCUUGUUUGUUUUUUCCUUCUGGCUUCUUCUAUUACAGUCUCUUCAUUUGAAGCUCUGUAGGCCAAGGCCAGAGCUGAUACUGACACGGAGCCAAUGCAGAUAGCACAUCAGAUGCUAGGGGUCGCUGGGAGGAUUAAGGGACUUAAUCUGCUAGGAACACCUGUACUUGAAGUGGAGGAGGCUAGGGGGCCACAGUUGCUGCUUCAUUAACAUAGAGGUUUUGGAUUUUUUCCUCUUGUCGUUUGUUUUUGAAGUGGAUUGGCAGACUCCUUGUUGCUUAAGAGUGGCUUUCUAGGCAGGCCACUGUCAUCUGAAUUCAUCAUUGACAAUAAAUGUAAGAAAUUGGAAUAAAAAAGAGAGACCUGCUGUUAUUCGCUUUUGUUCUCCAGUGAUUUGAUUAACUCAGGGCAAGGCUGAAUAUCAGAGUGUAUCGCACUGAAGAAUAAUAAUCCAUUCAGUAAUGUUAUAGUUAUCCUCAAUCUAAAUAUGUCAACUGUCAUUUUGCUCCUUUUCAAAUAAAAUACUUGAAAACUGUCA